AUGAGCGCAACAGAACCCACUGUCGAAAAGGUUGACAAGAAUGUCUCCGAUGAUGAAGAAGAUGAUAUUGACCAAUUGGUUUUAGAUUUACAAUCUAACAAGGCUCUUGGUGACGAUGAUGAAGAAGAAGAUGAUGAAGAUGCCGGUUCAUUCAAGGCCGUUCCAGAAGAAUUAUUGAAGACCGACCCAGCCACUGGUUUGACUUCCGAUGAAGUUCUCAAGAGAAGAAAGAAGUAUGGUUUGAAUCAAAUGGCUGAAGAAAGCGAAAACAUGUUCGUUAAGUUCGUUAUGUUCUUUGUUGGUCCAAUUCAAUUCGUUAUGGAAGGUGCCGCUAUCUUGGCUGCCGGUUUAGAAGAUUGGGUCGAUUUCGGUGUUAUUGGUGCUCUUUUACUUUUGAAUGCCGCUGUUGGUUUCAUUCAAGAAUACCAAGCUGGUUCUAUUGUCGACGCUUUAAAGAAGACUUUAGCUAACACUGCUUUCGUUAUCCGUGAUGGUUCCCUCGUUGAAGUUCAAGCCAACGAAAUCGUUCCAGGUGAUAUUUUACAAUUAGAAGAUGGUACCGUUAUCCCAGCCGAUGGUCGUAUUGUCUCUGAAGACUGUUUAUUACAAGUUGAUCAAUCUGCUAUUACCGGUGAAUCUCUUGCCGUUGAUAAGAAGGGUGGUGACUCUUGUUACUCCUCCUCUACUGUUAAGACCGGUGAAGCCUUUAUGGUUGUCUCCGCUACUGGUGACUCUUCAUUCGUUGGUCGUGCUGCUGCUUUGGUUAACAAGGCUUCCGGUGGUCAAGGUCAUUUCACUGAAGUUUUAAACGGUAUUGGUACUAUUUUGUUAGUCUUGGUCCUUGUUACCUUGUUACUUGUCUGGACUGCUUGUUUCUACAGAACUGUUAAGAUUGUCCCAAUCUUGAGAUACACUUUAGCUAUCACCAUUAUUGGUGUUCCAGUUGGUUUACCAGCUGUUGUUACCACCACUAUGGCUGUCGGUGCUGCUUACUUAGCUAAGAAGCAAGCUAUUGUUCAAAAGUUGUCUGCUAUUGAAUCUCUUGCCGGUGUUGAAAUCUUGUGUUCCGAUAAGACCGGUACCUUGACCAAGAAUAAGUUAUCUUUGCACGAACCAUACACUGUCGAAGGUGUUGAAGCUGAUGACUUAAUGUUGACUGCCUGUUUAGCUGCCUCCAGAAAGAAGAAGGGUUUAGAUGCCAUUGAUAAGGCUUUCUUAAAAUCUUUGAUUAACUACCCAAGAGCUAAGGCUGCUUUAACCAAGUACAAGGUUAUUGAAUUCCAACCUUUCGAUCCUGUUUCAAAGAAGGUUACUGCUAUUGUUGAAUCCCCAGAGGGUGAAAGAAUUAUUUGUGUCAAGGGUGCCCCAUUAUUCGUCUUGAAGACUGUUGAAGAUGACCACCCAAUUCCAGAAGAUAUCCACGAAAACUACCAAAACACUGUCGCUGAAUUUGCUUCAAGAGGUUUCAGAUCUCUUGGUGUUGCCAGAAAGAGAGGUGAAGGUCACUGGGAAAUUUUGGGAAUUAUGCCUUGUAUGGAUCCUCCAAGAGAUGAUACUGCUGCCACUGUUAACGAAGCCAGAAGAUUAGGUUUAAGAGUCAAGAUGUUGACUGGUGAUGCCGUUGGUAUUGCUAAGGAAACUUGUAGACAAUUAGGUUUAGGUACUAACAUUUACGAUGCUGACAGAUUAGGUUUAUCCGGUGGUGGUGACAUGGCUGGUUCUGAAAUUGCUGAUUUCGUUGAAAAUGCUGAUGGUUUCGCUGAAGUUUUCCCACAACACAAGUACAACGCUGUUGACAUUUUACAACAAAGAGGUUACUUAGUUGCUAUGACUGGUGAUGGUGUUAACGAUGCUCCAUCCUUGAAGAAGGCUGAUACCGGUAUUGCUGUCGAAGGUGCCACUGAUGCUGCUAGAUCUGCUGCUGAUAUUGUUUUCUUAGCUCCAGGUUUAUCUGCCAUUAUUGAUGCUAUCAAGACUUCCAGACAAAUUUUCCACAGAAUGUAUGCUUAUGUUGUUUACCGUAUUGCUUUAUCCUUGCACUUGGAAAUUUUCCUUGGUUUAUGGAUUGCUAUCUUGAACCAAUCCUUGAACAUUGAUUUAGUUGUUUUCAUUGCUAUUUUCGCUGAUGUUGCUACUUUAGCCAUUGCUUACGAUAAUGCUCCAUAUGACCCAGAACCAGUUAAGUGGAACACUCCAAGAUUAUGGGGUAUGUCUAUUAUUUUGGGAAUCAUUUUAGCUGUCGGUUCUUGGAUCACUUUAACCACCAUGUUCUUACCAAAGGGUGGUAUUGUCCAAAACUUCGGUGGUUUAGACGGUAUCUUGUUCUUGCAAAUUUCUUUAACUGAAAACUGGUUAAUUUUCAUUACUAGAGCUCAAGGUCCAUUCUGGUCAUCUAUCCCAUCUUGGCAAUUAUCUGGUGCCGUCUUAAUUGUCGACAUCAUUGCUACUUGUUUCACCCUUUUCGGAUGGUGGUCUCAAAACUGGACUGAUAUUGUCACUGUUGUCAGAGUCUGGAUCUUCUCCUUCGGUGUCUUCUGUGUCAUGGGUGGUGCUUACUACAUCAUGUCCGGUUCCGAAGCAUUUGACAACUUCUGUAACGGUAGACCUCAAAAGACCCAAAAGGAUCAAAGAUCCUUGGAAGAUUUCCUUGUUUCUAUGCAAAGAGUCUCCACUCAACACGAAAAAUCAUCUUAG